AUGUCGCUUCGUGAACUAUCAGCCAAAGAGCGAAGGGCUCUAAAAACGAUUAAUUCAGUGCUGUGCUUUGUGGACCAACAUUCAGACAUCGAUCAUCAACAAGUUGAAGUUCGUUUGCAGCUGUUAGAAAGUGCAUACAGUGAGUUUGUGCAAAUGCGAUUGCAGAUAGAACUGCUGCUCGAGGAUGAGGACGUGAAGGAAGUGGUCGACGAAGAUGCAUCGGACACUGAACGUCUCGUCAGUUUGGGCGCAGCAGCACAAAGAAGAGAGGAAGAAAGUGAUGCAAUUUUUUCUAAAGCCGAACUGAAGUACUGCCAGGCCAAAUCAGCAUUAUUGAAAUUUUUGCAUGCAGACAUCCAGCAUUCCAACACACAACCAUCUCACCCAACUGCACCCGCUGUGGAAUCGAGGGUGAAACUUCCCGAAAUACGGUUGCCAACUUUUUCUGGACGAUUAGAGGAGUGGAUCCCAUUCAGAGAUGCUUUCAAAAGUCUUAUUCAUCAAAGUGAUAAGCUCUCUGAAAUGGAUAAAUUCACGUAUUUAAGGGCCUCGCUUUCAGGAGAAGCUCUUCAAGAAAUUGGAUCGAUUGCCUUAUCUGGAAGUAAUUAUGACGUCGCUUGGAAUGUUCUCGAGGAUCGCUACCAAAAUCACAAGCUCAUAGUCAAGGCACACCUGGACUCGUUAUUUGCGAUAGAGCGAAUGAAAAGGGAAAAUUUCGAAUGCUUGAACCUAUUGAUAUCUGAGUUUGAGAAACACCUCCAAAUGCUAGCUAAAAUUGGAGAGGACAUCGGUGGUUGGAGCACCAUUCUGGUGCAUAUGGUUUGUUCCAGAUAA